AUGCCUUUCGGGACCUUGAAUUUGAACGGCGAAUCGUUGCCAACCUUUGCUCCAGCAUAUUCAAGGGCAAAGGGGAUCUUCACCAACACCACUGCAGUCGGCAUUACCUAUCGAGUCGCCGCAUCUCAAGUCGCCCCUCUCGUCCCUGAUGUUCUCGAAUUGGAGGAAGAGCCGCUCAUGACGUCUCUAUUCCUCAGCUACGGAAUGAGCCCUGUCGGAGCCUACACCGAAUAUGCUCACCAGGUCGAGGUGACCUACAAGGGCGAAAAGUUCCAUUUUAAUCUUCUCUUCAUUCUCGACAACGAUGCCGCCAUAUUUGCUGGCCGCGAGCUCCUCGGCUUCCCCAAGGUCCAUGGAAAGACUGUUAUUGAGCAAUUCACUGGUAGCCGGCUCGUCAGCGGCGGCACGGAGCGACCUAUGGGACGAAAAAUGGUCGAGUUUGAAUUCGUCCCAGAGCAGCUGGUUACCAGCGCGCCUCAACCAGACAGAUGGAUGCUCAACCUUCGCAGUAUCCCCUCGCCAUAUGUCGGACAACCCCCUUCGGUUCAAGAAUUCAUCCCCUGUGGUCUGGGGAUGAAGUGCAAUGAAAUUUGGUUGGGAAAGGGCCACAUCAGCUUCCCAAGGCAUUCCAUCUCUGAUCCCUGGGUGAACUUGGAUGUUUUGAGAUACGAGGGGAGCUUCUUGGCGAGAAAUGCUACAGCUGAGCUUCUUCUUCGGGAUACAAUCAAGCUCUGA